AUGGGGAACAGAGGUGUGUCAAAGUUGUUACUCCUGUUCUUCUUCUUCUUCUUCUCAACCAAUUUGGUUCCUUCCGCUCUCGCUAUCUGGCUCACUUUACCCGCCAGUGGCACCAAGUGCGUCUCCGAAGAAAUCCAACAUAACGUCGUCGUUUUGGCCGACUAUGUCAUUAUUCCCACUGAUCACUCCCACAAUCCUACCAUCGCUGUCAAGUUCUCCAAAUUUCCUGGUAUAUGCUUGUGGAGCCGGAACGGUCUAGUUGUUUGCCCUAGAGAAUGCAAUUGCCAGGCAGUUAAGGCUCGGUUUGAACUGAAAAAUCCUCAGUGA